AUGUCUCUGUCACCCGAAUUUUGGAUUUCUCGAACUGCAAACAUCCUAUCCUUAAUCACCGCUUCCUUUGCUCUCUCAAUUCUUCUUUUCGAUCGAUCACUUCGUCAUGCUCUUCAUAACCAUAUCAUUAUCGUUCUCCUCUCUGUCGUCUUCGUACGCAGCGCUUUAAAUCUCUUCUAUAAUAUUUAUAUUAACAUUCUUGCUGAUCUUGCAUGGAAUCCAAUCUUAUAUUAUCUUAUCUGGUUUUUCAUUGACUAUGCGCUGCACACUACGCAGAUCAUCUUGGUUGUUUGGGCAGCGAUCGAACAACACAUACUCAUUUUUCACGAUCAAUGGCUUCGAAUGAGAUCCAAACGUUUUCUCCUUCAUUAUCUGCCCGUUAUUAUCCUACUGACGUAUUCUCUUAUCUUUUUUUCUGUAAUCACAUUUGCUCCAUUCUGUCAAAAUUCAGCGGAUGAUAUUCUUGCUGGAAUUACCACCAAUCCUUGUUCGUUGGAUAAUGAAAUGUUAGGGUCAUGGGAACUUAUUUGUCAUCAUAUUGUCGGAAUAUGUAUCAUAGUUUUGUCCAGUUUAACUCUCAUCGUCCGUAUUAUCAGACAAAAACAACGAUUACAUCGGUCAAUCCAAUGGCGAAAGCAUCGCAAACUGACCAUUCAAAUGUUACUAACUUCAAUGUUCUAUUUAGUUUGCGAUACUCCAUGGGUAACGAUAGUUUUUGCGCUUAGAUACGGCCUUUCCUAUUAUAUAGUAGCAAUACCGUUGACGAAUGCAUUUAUGCUUCGUGAUUAUGUAACACAUAUGUAUCCAUUCAUAUCCAUUCUAUCAUCUUCUGAUCUACGGCAUAAACUGAGACGAAUGGUCCUGUGUUGGAGAAAGCGGCAGGCAAUCCUUCCUGAUGGAACAAUACUGUUAGCAGUAACAAGAAGGAGACAAACAGCGACCAACUAG